GCGCUGGCACGGGCUCGCGUGAAACGGUCCCGGCAGCUCGCCCCAAGAAAGGCGGUAGGAGGCGGACCGGUCCACACGACGACCUGCAGCUGCAACACUACGAGACCCGUGGCCGAACCGUUGGGGCAGACUGCGACUGAGGAGUCUGCGAAGGAGCUGCCAGGCGCUCUCACCCGCUGUCGCGCCUUCUCGAAAGGAAGGAGGCGACACAGCCGCGAUGGCAUCACGGCAGGCCUCAAAGAGGUCAUCACGGCAGGCCUCAAAGAGGUCAUCACGGCAGGAAUCGCCGCCGACGUCACCGCCAGCCCCACCGGCGGUACCACGGCCGGCACCACCGCAGGCACCACUAUCCGCUCCGGCACCGGCAGCAGGACCCGGAGGAGCGCAGACGCGGAAGCCCACGGUGUUCGCGCCGAUAACCGGAGUGCCUAUGGCCGAAAUGCCGAUGGCCGGAAUGCCUAUGGCCGGACCUAUGGCCGAACCAACGGCCGGACCUAUGGCCGGACCUACGGCCGGACCUGUGGCCGGACCCGUGGCCGGACCUGUGGCCGGACCUAUGGCUGGACCUACGGCCGGACCUGUGGCCGGACCCAUGGCCGGACCUGUGGCCGGACCUAUGGCUGGACCCAUGGCCGGACCUAUGGCUGGAAUGCGUAUGGCCGGACCUAUGGCCGAAAUGCCUAUGGCCGGCAUGCCUAUGGCCGGACCUAUGGCCGGACCUACGGCCGGACCUACGGCCGGACCUAUGGCCGGACCUACGGCCGGACCUACGGCCGGACCUAUGGCCGAAAUGCCUAUGGCCGGCAUGCCUAUGGCCGGACCUAUGGCCGGACCUACGGCCGGACCUAUGGCCGGACCUAUGGCCGGACCUACGGCCGAACCAACGGCCGAAUCUACGGCCGCACCUACAGCCGAACCUACGGCCGGACCUGUGGCCGGACCUGUGGCCGGACCCAUGGCCGGACCUACGGCCGGACCUACGGCUGGACCCAUGGCCGGACCUAUGGCUGGAUGGCGUGUGACCGGACCUAUGGCCGGCAUGCCUAUGGCCGGACCCAUGGCCGGGACUAUGGUCGGACCUACGGCCGGACCUAUGGCUGGAAUGCCUAUGGCCGGACCUAUGGCUGGAAUGCCUAUGGCCGGACCUAUGGCUGGAAUGCCUAUGGCCGGACCCAUGGCCGGCACUAUGGCCGGACCUACAGCCGGACCCACGGCCGGACCUAUGGCUGGAAUGCCUAUGGCCGGACCUAUGGCUGGAAUGCCUAUUACCGGACCUGUGGCCGGAAUGCCUAUGACCGGGCCUAUGACCAGGCCUAUGACCGGAAUGCCUAUGGCCGGACCCAUGGACGGACCUAUGACCCGAAUGCCUAUGGCCGGAAUGCCGGUGGCUGGCGGUCACAUGAAUGCGCGGCGCGGACCCUACGUACAAAUGCCGAUGCCGGGAUUGGCGCCGUCGGAAGUCCCGCAGUACCGGGGCUGCCCCGCGGGUCUGGAAUAUCUAAAGAAGAUCGACCAACUGCUUGUCCACCAGCAGGUGGACUUGCUGGAAAUGUUCCUGCCGUUCGAGGUGGCGAACAAGUACGUCGUGAAGAACAGCAUGAGCCAGUUCGUCUUUGCGGCGGCAGAGCAGAGCAACAUCAUCGGUCGCCAAUUCACCCACAACCGGUCCUUCAUGAUGUCGCUUGUGGACUACCGCAACGUCGUGGUGUUGCAGCUUUUUCGGCCACUUCGCUGCGACUGCAGCCUUUGUUGGUGCUGCCUCCAGGUAAUGGACGUGCUCGAUGCUUCCGGUGCCGCGUUGGGCUUCAUUCGGAUGGAGUGCACCAUUUUUAACCCGAAAUUCUCGGUGCUGGACAGCGAGAAGAACGCUGUCCUGAUGAUCACAGGCCCGCUGUGCACAUCCUCCAUCUGUGCCGAGGACGUCGUCUUCGAUAUCCUAACCAUGGACGGCGUCGCCAAGAUUGGCGCGAUUACGAAGGUCUAUGCCGGAUUGGCGAAGGAGUACUUCACCGACGCCGACAACUUCGCGGUCACCUUCCCCGCGGAUUUGGACGUGAAGAUUAAGGCCGUGCUGCUCGGCGCGGUCUUCUUAAUCGAUUUCUUAUACUUCGAGACCACAGGAGUCCAAAGGAACACCGAUCUUCCUGGGAACGUUAUCCGAACCAGAUAUCCGCCGAUCACUCAUUUUUUCGUGCGUCCUUAAAUUCAGCCAGGCCUUCCAGAAAGGCCUUUGCGCAGUCGACUGCAUGUUUGCGAACGUGAUUAUACAAGCAUUCGUGCUUAUUACUAUA